ACGGACCCCCAUGAAGGCGAGUGCUGAGGCAUCAUCCAGGAGCAAGAAUGUGGAUCCUGCUCCAACGAAGGCAUCAUCAAAAUUGCCAAAGCACAAGAAGAAAUCGCAACUAAUCUCCAAAGAUGAUUCCACUCCAACAGACGAUCCAUGGCCAAGCUCCGGCGUUCACCCCAGCUGGUUCUCUAGCCCAAAACUGAUAAGGAUUUCGGAGGCAACAUCUGCCUCGUCCCCAACAGUGACCACGCCAUCAUGCAUGGGUUCAAGGGAGACAAAGCCCAGUGACUCCGUCACCUGUAGCAACAAUCAUGGCGGGCGCAGUGGCACCGCAGCCGAAGCUUCAGAGAGUUCUGGCGCUGCUGCAUCGGUCAGGCGGCACACCGGGGUUGAUUUCCGCUGGGAGGCCAUUCGGCUAGUUAACUCCAAAGGUUAUCCCAUCAGCUUGAGCCACUUCAAGCUCCUUAAGCGCAUCGGCUAUGGAGACAUUGGCUGUGUUUAUCUUGCCGAGCUCAAGGGAACCAACACCAUGUUCGCCAUGAAAAUGAUGGACAAAACCUCCCUCGCGAGUAGAAACAAGCUACUCCGGGCGCAAACAGAGAGAGAAAUCCUCGGCCUACUCGACCACCCCUUCCUCCCUUCCCUGUAUUCCCAUUUCGAGACCGAAAGGUUGUCCUGCUUGGUCAUGGAGUUCUGCAGCGGUGGCAAUCUGCAUUCCCUUCGUCAGAAGCAGCCUGAUAAGCAUUUCACGGAGAAGAACGCACGCUUUUACGCUUCUCAAGUGCUGCUCGCGAUCGAAUACCUGCACAUGCUUGGAGUAGUGUACAGGGACUUGAAACCGGAGAACGUUCUCGUCAGGGACGACGGCCACAUAAUGCUCUCCGACUUCGACUUGUCGCUGCAGUGCUCCUUCAACCCCACGCUCGUCGAGGCCUCAUCCGUCCAUGGAGGCAGCAGCAGCGUUCGCACCCAGGGAACGCUCGCGAGCGAGACCAUGCUGCAGGGCUGCAUGCAGCCGACCGCGUUCCUGCCGCGCAUCCUCCCCAAGAAGACCCACAAAUCCAAACUGGACUUGGGCACGGGGAGCCGUGCUCUCCUGGAACUGAUGGCGGAGCCGACGGAUGCACGCUCGACGUCGUUCGUCGGCACGCACGAGUAUCUGGCACCUGAGAUCAUCCGAGGAGACGGCCACGGGAGCGCAGUGGACUGGUGGACCUUGGGCAUCUUCCUCUACGAGCUCGUGUACGGCACGACCCCAUUCAAGGGGUCAGGAAACCGAGCCACGCUCUUCAACAUAGUAGGCCAGCCAUUGAUGUUCCCGGAGGCACCGGCGGUGAGCGUGAGCGCACGAGACCUCAUCCGCGGCCUGCUCGAGAAGGAACCAGAGAAGAGGAUCGGGUACAGAAGGGGUGCUACCGAGAUCAAACAGCACCCCUUCUUCGAUGGGGUAAACUGGGCGCUAGUGAGGAGUGCCACACCACCUUACAUACCUGAACCAAUAGAUGUGAGGCGGCUUGCUCACGAGGAAGCGGUGGACAAGGGGAAGAAAGGUGGUGCAAGCGAUGAUGAUUCUUUUCAGGACUUUUGAGGGUUUCUAGUCCACUUUUAUUAGCAUACGCAAUUGUGUUUCUUCUAUGAUUCUUCAUUGCCAAUGGUCUUGAAUUAGUGUGUGUUUCCAAAGAAGAGAGUUAGAAUUAAGAUUGUUAAAUCUGUCGAGACAGCUUUUUUUUGUUUUGUGCGUGU